AUGGACGGAGUAGCUACAGGUCGUGGCGCAAGAGGGCGCGUGCCGAGUGUGGCGACUGCGUCGGUGACCUAUUCGGUAUCAGUGGCGAGUGAGGCUAGUGUAGAUGUCAGUGUUGGUUUGAGAGCGGAGGCUGCUCCAGGUGGGGGUGGUGCUCCGGCUGCUCUAGGUGGGGGUGGUGCUCCGGCUGCUUGUCGUGAUGACUUAGUGGUGGGUUUGCUAACACAGUUAUUGGCUCAGUUUCCGCCAGUGGUUCCACAGGGGGCUCCGGUAGUACCUCCAAUGGCAGAGGUGAAGCAGAGGGCUGCAGAGGUUGUUCAGCCGCAGGCUGCGGUCAUUUUUAUCUGUGAUAGUCUUGUGGAGGUUCUCAACGCAAUUGAAUGUGUAGGGACCUUGUUAGUGGGCGGUUUUGAGUCCCACGUUUUAUUCGACUCUGGAGCAUCGAAUUGCUUCAUUACACCGGAGCGUGCCGAGAAGAGUGGCAUCCGGAGUAGCGCGGGCGAGAGCGCGGGCAUGGUCAAGGUGGCGGGAGGUGGAUUCUUGUCUACUUUGGGCCGUGCUAGAGGAGUCGAGAUCGAGAUUGCGGGGCAGUCAAUGCCAGCAGACUUAGUCAUCAGUCCGGUGGAGCUGUAUGACGUUAUUCUCGGGAUGGACUGGUUGUCACACUACAGAGUUCAUCUGGAUUGCUACAGAGGUAGAGUGGUCUUCGAGCGAGAUGCAGGGAGGUUGGUUUAUCAGGGAGUGAGACCGACUUCCGGGAGUAUUGUGAUAUCUGCUAUUCAGGCCGAGCAGUUGUUAGAGCGGGGCUGUGAGGCGUAUCUGGCGACGAUUUCUAUGUCUGAGUCAGGAGCUGGAGUUGUUAUGGGAGAUAUUGAGGUUGUCCAGGAUUUUGAGGAUGUCUUUCAGUCACUGAAGGGAUUACCACCAUCUCGGUCUGAUCCUUUCACGAUUGAGUUAGAGCCGGGGACAGCACCAUAUCGAAGACGCCUUACAGGAUGGCGCCAGCUGAGUUGGCAGAGCUGA